AUGCCUGAUUCUUCAGAGUAUUCUAUGAAGUCAACGGAAUCAAAAUUGAAGCUGUCUCAGAGCCAUAAAAAUAAUUCUAUAUUCAGUAGAAUUUAUAAUCUUUUUAAGAAUGGAUUACUGAAUGAGUUGGAUGAUGAGCAGCAACAUGCUAAAAUAAAGAAUCAUGAUUCGAAGAAAAAACUGAUUAGGAAGAAGGUAACAAUGGUUAAUAAAGUAACUAAAUCACCAAGGACUAAGACAAUGAAAAUUAAGAAUAAGCAAUUAGCUAAAGUUUUGCAAGACAAGAAGACUGUCUCAGAAUUGAAAAACAACCAGGAGCAAUUCAAUAUUCCAAUUAAGCCACCUGUUCUUGAGUCUUUGAAGCUAAGAACUGAAGAUACUCAAAAGCCAAUCCGUAAUACAGUUCCGCAUAAUGAUACAUACGAAGGUAAGAAAAAUAUAAAACCACAGAUCAUUCAAUUGGGACCCAGAAAGGCUAUACGUAUAGACCCGAACUCAUCUACCUCAAGUGUAUCAUUAUCACCACCUGCUGUACCAGUAGCGCAAUCCACUAUACCAGUAUUACAAUCCACUGUACCAGUAUCACAAUCAACUGUACCAGUAUCACAAUCAACUGUACCAGAGUCACCGCCAGCUGUAUCGGUCUCAUCACCAACCUUACCAGCAUCGCGAUCGUUUGUACCAAUGUCACCGCUGACUGUACCUGUGUCACCACCGACGGUGUCAUUAUCACCACCUGCUGUAUCAGUUUCAUCACCUGCUGUUUCGGUAUCACAACCAGCCUUUCCACCAACCCUGUCACGCCUGCUAUUUUAUGAAACUAUGCAUGGUAGUCAGCUUACUCCGACGCAGCAUAUAGCCACGUCGAAUACUUCAACGCCUUUCAGAAGUCGUUCACGAAUGAUAAGAGUAAAUACAAUAGAGGAUUUAGGUGAAUCACAAAACAAUAACAGACCAAUAAAAGAACCCAAUUCCAGUUCUUUACAAGGUAAUAUUAAUGAACUAUUAGGGGUUUCAACAACUAAAGAAAAGAAAAAGAAAAGGAAAAAGUCUAAAGAUGGCCAGAAAAGAAAGAGGAGGAGAGAGUUGCAACGGGAAGAGGAUAAAAAGAUCCUCAGAUUAGAUGAAUCGAACGAUAAAGUGGCACCAAUAGAGAAUGGAGUUAAUUCUUUUAGCAGUGCAUCUGAAGCAACCAGAAAUUUCAAUGUCAAUAACAUAUACAAUCCUUUUAUUACUAAUGCUGAUAUAGAGAAUACUGCCUCGAAAAUGAUGAAAGCUCAGGAUAAUAUUGGUAAUACUCUAAUAUUUAAAGGUCCUUAUGAUUUGAGCCAAAAUCCUGGGGUCGGAACAAAUGAUAGAACUGAAAAUAGCCUGAAUUUGGCAAACAGUAAAUCGCAUAAAAAUGAGUUUGGAAGUCAUUUUGAGACUAAUUUGCAAAGUCUGAAUGUUGUUCCAAAAGAAGUUGGCGAUAUCAGCAAGCUGUUUAUGAGUAGCGAUAUUGAUAGCGAAGAAGAUAAAGUAAUAUUGGAAUAUAGAAGUAAGAGCAGACAAUAUUCAGAGUUAAAAUGGCCUGGCCAUGAUUCUAUUGGCGAUAUAAUCUUACAAAACGAGUCAACCACACCUGAUAAACGGCAAUCUAAAGUUAUAGAUAGUUCCAAAAAGGCUCACAUUUCGAAUAAACCAAGACUAUUAUCAGAAAUAAUGGCUGAAAAGUACCAAAUGGAUGGUAUUUCGUUUCUGGGAAAAUUCAGAACUCCUCACAUUCCAUUGACAGCUGACUAUCAAUCAAGUGAUGAAUCACGUUCAAUUACCGAACAGAAACAAGAGAGCCCAGUAUAUAAAAAAUUUGGUAUCGACAUACGAAAGGAAAGAUUUCGUGGAGAAGGAAGACAGGAUGAUAAUAAUAAUGUAAAUUAG